GUAGGGAACAGUAUGACUAAAUACACAGAGAAGCUUGAAGAGAUUAAAAAAAAUUAUAGAUACAGAAAAGAUGAACUUUUCAAGAGGCUAAAAGUUACAACUUUUGCUCAGUUGGUCAUCCAAGUUGCUUCCCUCUCUGAUCAAACACUGCAAGUGACAGCUGAGGAGAUUCAGAGGCUAGAAGACAAUAUUUCUGCAACCUCAGACCCUGAUGCAGAAAUCACUGCCAGGACCAAUGGGAAAGGGAGCCCAGAGGAGCAGCCGCCUAGCCCUGUCCAGUUCAUAAACAGCACGGGAGCAGGGGACUCCAGCCGCUCCACCCUUCAGAGCGUCAUCAGUGGGGUUGGGGAACUGGACCUCGACAAAGGGCCGGUGAAGAAGGCAGAGCCCAGCACCAAAGACAGGCCUUAUCCUGACUGCCCCUUCCUACUGCUCGAUGUGCGUGAUAGAGAAUCUUACCAGCAGUGCCACAUCGUUGGAGCUUACAGUUACCCAAUUGCAACUCUGUCCAGGACAAUGAACCCUUUCUCAAAUGAUAUUCUUGAAUAUAAAAACGCCCACGGCAAGAUCAUCAUUCUGUACGAUGACGACGAGAGGCUGGCCAGCCAGGCAGCCACCACCAUGUGUGAGCGGGGAUUCGAGAACCUCUUCAUGCUCUCCGGAGGUCUAAAAGUCUUAGCUCAGAAGUUCCCAGAAGGACUGAUUACUGGGUCCCUGCCAGCAUCGUGCCAGCAGGCCCUUCUACCUGGUUCUACCCGGAAGCGGUCCAGCCCCAAAGUGCUGCCCCCACCAGCAGAGAACAAGUGGAGAUUUACACCAGAAGACUUGAAAAAGAUAGAGUAUUAUCUGGAAGAGGACCAGGGUCCUGUAAACAAUCCUAGCCAGCUGAACCAAGCGAACUCCUCGGGAAGAGACUCCAAGGCGCCUGGUAGCCGCAGCGGUCAGAGCCUGCCCGCCGGGGGCCCCACCAGCCACUCGGACCCCCGCGCCCUCGGCAGUGGCCACCCACAAGGCAAACCCUGGAAGUAAAGACUUGUCUCCUUCAGUCAAAUAAAGGUUCUUCCUCUUCUUGGAACCCCAGAUCAGUUCCCAAGUUGGUCAUUUUCAGAAACUGCUGCAGAAGAAAGCAUGUGCCCUGUGGGAUAGGUCCCCUUCCCUUUCCCCACAGCCAGCUCGAGGAGGAUUUGACAUGUGACCAUAGAAACCAGAGCACAACAGGCGCUAGCGUCCUUGCUUCUGCUCCCAGAGUAUUAAAGUCUUUUGAAACUGAAUAGGAGAAAAGAAUCUCACAUUUAAGGAGUUUUUUUCUUUUUUCAAUAAGGUCCAGCUUGGUCUGUAUCCUGUGUUGUUUGUAAAUGCUUCAGUCUGGUGUGUUCUUUCUAGCCAGUGUUCUCAUUCACUUUCUCGAUUUCAUGAAGGAGUCUCCAGGUGGGCUUGCCUGAGAAGCUGUCCCCAUGGGUGCGGAUGAGCCGGGUCCCGGUGCUCUGCGAGCCUGGGGCUGGUGCCUGUGGGCAUCUCUCGAGACUGAGACCUGAGACCUAGGAAGCAACUCUACACGUCCUGAACAUUCCUGCUGGUGGGGCGUGGGGCAGGGGCGGGGGCGCUUUCGUGGAUCAGCCCUGGUGAUUGUCCAGGCCUAUACUGAGAACCCCGCGAAGCCCACCAAGGAGGUCCCUCGCUUGCAGUCGGCAUACCAGGUGUAACGUCCAUUGCCCGGCUUGGGCUAAUCCGUGUCAGAUGGGCAGAGCUUGUAGCCACUUGAAAAUAACAGUCUCAGUCAGACAACUGGGGACACGCAGGCGAGAGGACUCCCAAGUCCUUUGUCAGAGCCUGCAACCCCUCCAGCCCUUGCGCAGAAACACAGUCCUGGUCUAACUGAGUAAUGGGUGCACUUUCCUGCCUGCUGUUCAUUCUCGUGACUGGGCUGUGAUUAGGAAGUUGUGAUUGUAGAUGCUGGUUUGGGCUGGCGUUUUGAAUCAGCGUUCACUGAAUCGCUAGAUGACUGGCAUUCAUUCCACUCUGGGGGAACAAAAGGCCUCAGGGAAGGAUGAGGAACUCUGAAAUCAUAUGGAAAAGGAAAAGAGCCUUGUUCGUUUUUAUGGUUUGUGAUCGCAGCUGUGAUAAGGGACUAAGGAAUAAAUCGUGCUCUGUGUCAUGGCAACCAGCUUCUGAAAAGCCAGCUGAAAAUUGCCUGUCCUGCUGGUUGCUGCUGCUGGGUAAGAUUUGCCUUAACGGUACUGUUUUCUCGCCACCAAAACACACACACACACACACACACACACACACACACACACAUACACAGUAUUCACAGCAUGGGGGCUGUGUUUGUAAGAGAAGUAAACCUAAUAAAUAUCUCAUAGAGACAUAUGGAAAAAUACCUUUCAGAUUCAGCUCAGUUCUGUUUUAGAGUGUGUUAAUUCUUUUCUGCUUGAUUUUCAAAGUGCAACAUUUUCCGAUGCUUUAGAAAUCAAACAAACCAGAGACAUUGUUCAGAUGUCAGGCUGAGCCCAGUUUUCCACAAGAUUUGAGAAUCUUGUAUAAAAUGCAGCCAACGUACACACAGCUUUAAGAGGAGGCUGUCGUGUUCCCCCAUAAAUUUAUUGCCUGAGAACUCAGCUCAGCUCUUUGCUAAUGCCAAAAUGUUCUGGCUUUUUAUUUUCUUUACAGCAUAGAUAGAAAAAUGCAAAUUUUUCCAUACUCAGCUUGCCCCUAGCAUGGAGAUGAUUUUUAGCCAUUUUUUAUGCAUACAUUUUUAAGGGAAAAAUGUUUUUCUCUGUAACAAAGAUCUGGUUUUGCCAUUUUUAAGUUGACUAGUCAGGAGUUUAGACCCCCCCACCCAAUUCUGUUUUGAAAGUAAGUGGUAGCACCUCUUUGUUCAAUUCUGCGUUCCCAUCAGACAGCACUGGGGUGUCAGAAACCCCUGUGUGUUGUGGAAAGCCAGGUUAGCCAAGCCUGUUAGAACUGCUGUGGAUUUGCCUGAGAGGUCUGGCAGGCUGAAAUUCUUUAUGUGUAUUUCUCCAUAGUGCUGUGCCCUGUUUGUGUGGAUUUUAAAUAACGCUGUUCAGAAGGCCUGUUCCAACUUCACGCUUUGUGUGUUAAAUGUUACCAUCAGGCAUUUUUUACAUGUUCCAGGUAUUGCUUUUAACAUUUUACUUUACUAAUUUCUUCAUUAGGUUAAUUGGCAUGUAUUAUUUAACUGAUUGAUGAUAUAUUGUGCAAUUGUGAAUGUUGAAGAUUAAAGUACGUAGUUACUAA